AUGAUCUUUGGAGGAAAAAAUGACAGAACUGAAGAUCAAGUAGAAAUUCAAUGCCAUGAUCAACUAGAAGAUGCUAUCAUCAGAAUUUCAGACUUGCCGUCGCUAUCUACGAAACCUCCAGGAUGUAUUUUAAUUACAGUGCUUAAGUUAUUAUUUUCUACAGAUCAUUGCAAUUUUAGCGAUAUGGAGGAAAACAGUGACAGUGAUGUUGAUAGUGAUAUGGAUAACAAUGACAAUUUUCAAGACCAGUUUUUAGAAAAUUAUAAUGUUAGUCAAGAAGAGUUGCACGAUCUUUACAAGUAUUUGACGCUUUUUGGUAGUCAAUUUGGAUUAUUACUAUUAAAUUAUCGUGAAAAAUUACUAAGUAUUAAAGACAUUCCAAAAUUAUUUAGACAUGAAUUUUUCGAUUUUAUUACAAGUAUUCUAGCAAAUGAUUUGAACUGGAUUGAAAAUUUAGCAUUGAAAGAAGAGAUUUUACAAUUAUCAUCCAAACUAAUAUCUGAGAAUUGUGGCAGGCUAGCCAAAUCUGAUUUCAUUCGUCGUAUUAAGAUUAAGUAUGACAAUGGGGGAAAAAAACAUUUGAAUAUCUUAUUACAAGAGCCCUCAUUGACCGAGGACAAAAUUGGGUUGAAAACUUGGGGGUCCUCAUUAAAUUUAUCAAGAAGAAUUUGCAAUGAGUUUGAGGAUUUAAUUGAGUUUCCAGUAUUAGAACUUGGUUCAGGCACUGGGUUGAUUGGAAUUGUUUUGAGUUUUCUCAUGAAAUCGCAGAAUAAAAAAGUUAAUCGUGGAGAUUUAGUGUUGACCGAUUUGGAGGAGAUUGUUGACAAUCUAAAAGAAAAUGUAAAAUUGAACCAAGUCGAAAACUUUAGUAUGGUCAAGACAUUAAACUGGGAAAGCCCUGACUCAUUCAAAAAAUGGAUGAUAAAAAACUAUUCAACAAGUAACUAUUAUCAAACAAUUAUUAUUUCAGAUUGUUUGUACUCACCCAGUAUGCCAUUUUUAUUGAUUGAAAUGAUUAAAACAUUUUUUAAGUUCAACAACACAUUGAAAUCAAGAUUGUUGAUUCAAAAUCCAGUUAGAGAAGGAUUUGAAUAUGAAAGAAAUACAUUAAGUGGAUUGCUCAACCAAGAUGAGAUUCUAAAAACAAGGCUAAAGUUGGUUAGAACAACCACAGAGUAUGGAUAUGAUGAUUUUGGCAGGCAAGAAUUCAUAUUUCAAGAGUUUUGCAGUUGA